GGCCGCUCAGCGCAAGGAGGACGGGGUGGGGGCCCGCGCUGAGGAGGAGCCCGGAGCCGGCCCCGCCUCUCUCCCCUCGGGGAUGCCGGGAUGUUUACAGUUCUGGCAGCAGCAGCAGGCUGGGCUGCUACCGCCGCGGCCGCUCGGUUCGCGCACAGGGAGACCCGCAGCGAGCGUCCGGCGCGGCCCGGCCCGGCCCUGACUGGGCUCCUGGGUGCGGAUCUCUCCGCGGAGGCAACGAGGCCGGCUCCGGGCCCCCGGCGCGAGGAGGAGGGAGACCGAGGGCUGUCUGAACAUAAAAAGCUCUGUUUGAUACAAUGGAUGAACAGUCACAAGGCGUGCAAGGGACUCCUGUUCCACAGUUUCAACCACAGAAAGCCUUACGACCUGAUAUGGGCUACAAUACGUUAGCUAACUUCCGAAUAGAAAAGAAGAUCGGCCGUGGACAGUUCAGUGAAGUUUACAGAGCAACUUGCCUUUUGGAUGGGGUACCAGUAGCACUGAAAAAGGUGCAGAUAUUUGAUUUAAUGGAUGCCAAAGCCCGGGCUGACUGCAUCAAAGAAAUAGAUCUUCUUAAGCAACUGAAUCAUCCAAAUGUAAUUAAAUACUAUGCCUCCUUCAUUGAAGACAAUGAGCUAAACAUAGUGUUGGAAUUAGCAGAUGCUGGAGACCUCUCUAGAAUGAUAAAGCAUUUUAAGAAACAGAAGAGGUUGAUUCCUGAAAGGACAGUUUGGAAGUACUUUGUUCAGCUGUGCAGUGCAUUGGAACAUAUGCAUUCUCGUCGUGUCAUGCAUAGAGAUAUAAAGCCAGCUAAUGUGUUCAUUACAGCUACAGGGGUAGUAAAGCUUGGAGAUCUUGGACUUGGACGAUUUUUCAGCUCCAAAACCACAGCUGCACAUUCUUUAGUGGGUACGCCUUAUUACAUGUCUCCAGAGAGAAUACAUGAAAAUGGAUACAACUUCAAAUCUGACAUCUGGUCUCUAGGCUGUCUACUAUAUGAGAUGGCUGCACUGCAGAGUCCCUUUUAUGGUGACAAAAUGAACUUGUACUCUCUGUGCAAGAAGAUAGAACAGUGCGACUAUCCACCUCUUCCUUCAGAUCACUAUUCAGAGGAACUGCGACAAUUAGUUAACAUAUGCAUCAACCCGGAUCCAGAGAGGCGACCAGACAUAGCCUAUGUCUAUGAUGUAGCGAAACGUAUGCAUGCACACACUGCAAGCAGCUAAAUAGACAAAAGAUCAUGAAGAAAAGAACCAGAAAUUUUCAAGUAUUUUUGUGCAAAUCCUCCCACCCCUUUUUCAUCUGUGUUACAUAAAUGUAGUUAUUCAGAACAGACUGAUGUGCUUUGAAUUGUGAACCAGUUUACACACAAGCUUCCUGAGGUGUUUUUUUACCAAUUUGUAGUUUAAAAAUAUAGGUUUAAAUAGUAAAUAAAAAACAGAUUUAAAAUGUAAAGUAUACAAUGGAAAAUAGUGGUUCCUGACAGCUUUAAAAAUAGUGAUUUCAUAUGUAUUUUCAAAUGUAUUUUGUUAAUAACAAAAUUGUAAUCAGUUGGGAGUUCAAUUCUAAAACAACAUAGCACUGCAGUUUUGCACGAUAUGGAUAUUAGGCUUAUUACCUAGAAACAAAAUGUUUGAAUCUUUCUCACUUUUUAUAACUUAUGGAAGUUAUGAAUCAACACAGUUAAUGAGUUUAUUUUAAUUUUUGUUCUACAAGGGAAAUAAUUGUAAGAGAAUUCUUUUCUAUUUUAUAAUGAGUUGUACGUAGUUUGCAGUCCAUCUUCUCAAGAUAAGUGAAGAUGGAAACCAUCUGAUUAGCUGUUUUGAUGAAAUGGCAACUGUUAAAUGUGAAAAAAAAGUUUUUUGGCAAAAUUGUGAGACACUCAAAAAUCUCUGUAACUUGUCCCUUUUCUUUGUGUUAUUGUGGCUUAAAUGAACUCAGAAAAUUGGCUUUAAGGAUUUGGUUUGGCCAGGUUAAACCCCAUACUUGCAAUUUGAUUGGUAUGGCUUGACCUACAUACCUGUGCAGCACUUUGUUGACUUCAGUGGGUCUGUGCACAGUCAGAUCCUAAAACCCUUGCAGCUUCCUUUUGUGGUAAAUGGGGUUCGUCUGCACAGGCACAUGACUGUCUGAACAGGCCUAUUUGAAGGAUGAGGGCCUUACGUUACAACUCCCUAGGGAUUUCUGUUUGUGGUGGUGUUUCUAGAUUUUGUUUUAAAAUCCUUUGGGUGACCUUAUACUACUAUAUUUUGAAUUCCUUCUAAAAAUACUUUUUUAAUCCAAUGCCUAUUGCCCAAAAUACAACUGUGCAUUGUAAUAUUUUCAUAAAAUACCGGGUUUUGUUAUCUACCCUAUCUUUUUAUAUGCUGUAAAAGUUACUUUAGCUUUUGCAUUUAAAGAAAAAAAAAUCAGUGCUGCUUUAUUUGUGCAGUCAGUAUAUUUGUUGAUUAUACUUUAAAAUGGUAUCAUUUCACCAAUAUUUUAUCUGAGUUCGAAAGUAAGUUCAAAAUAUGUUGGUUACACUUAUAUUGGUCACUGUGUAUGCAUGAAUGAUUUAUUUUAUUUGGAAGUGAAAGUAAGUACACACCAAUACAUUGUACCUAUAAAUGCUGAUGAAAAUUGAGGUCUUAAUUUCUCAGAAUUUCAAGACCAUAUUUUUAAACAAACACAUAAAGCUGCCAAAGUGGUUCAUUGCUGCAAGGUUGACAAUGAGAAUUUUAUUGAUACCAGCUUUAUUAUUGAGAUGUAGUUAAUUUAAAUCUUUUUUUGAUACAAAAAGUCAGGAAAAAGUAAAAAUUCAGUACUUACAUGUAAAUAUUGGAUCUGUAUACAUGAAGUUCACGAUGCAUUCAACAUUUAUAACUGUUUUUCCACAUUUCCUUUAUUAAACAAGUUUGCUUAGACAGUAAAAUGAACACUGUGCAGCAAUAGUUCUGUUUCUUUGAUAGGAACCUUCAUUUGAUUUGACAUAAUUUGUAAACAAUAAGAACCCAGCUAUGGAUUUAUAGACAAGUUUCAACACAUAGAAAAGUUUUUAAAUGUUAAGAAAUGACAUCCUAUUGAAAACUAUUUGUUUUCAAAAAUGCAGUAUUUUUUUAUACAUCUGGAACAGAUCCUCAGCUGCUUGAAAUUGGUGUAGCUGCAUUGAUUUAAAUCAGCUGAGAAUCUGUGCUAUGAUUUAAUGACAAAGCUGCUUUGUUGUAGCAUGAAUCCUUGGUUUUUCAUCUAGCUGUUGUGUAUGUAUUGAAUGUAAUCUUUGGGGGCUUCUUUGAGACUACUACGAUGAGUAAAAAUAGUCAUCUGUAAAUGUUGGCAGGAUUGGGCCCACGUCUUGCCUAUCUCUGUCUAGCAACCUUUACAGUGAGCUUCCAUUGAAUAUAUCAAUUAAUUUACUAGUUCUUGGUGACUAUUAUGUUCCAUAAGAUUUGAAAUUAAAUGAAAUAGUUUGUACUAAAACAAGGAACAGAGUAGUAUUUGCUUGACCACCAGCAAUAGCUGUUAGUAUGCAAAAUUAUUCAAGUCAUUCUUUUAAUCUGUUCUGUUUCUGAUAAACAACAUUUACAAGGAUUGAAAAAAGUGUACACAGUGAAGUUAUUUCUAUAAGAUAGUCUAUAUAUUUUAACCUCUAUUUAGGUCAAAUCCGCACAUCACUUUUUCUGAAGAAACUAAUAUUUUAGGCAAAAAUUAUUUCUGGAAGGCUGUACGGUAAGAAAAUUACGGGAAUAGUUGAGUUAGAAAAUGCACUUAAAAAUGCUAAGGCUUUUUUAAAAAAAAUUGAUGAUUUAACCUUAUGUUGAGUAAAAUAAGUAAUUCUUAUUUUAAAAGCAUUAAAAUAAUGGUAUAGAGAUGAUUCAGUUAAAACUUAGGUGUUGCAAACAAUUACCCAAUGAAGAUGAAAAUGCUGGGCAGCCUAGUGUCAUAUAUUGAAGUUUACAAAGGGUAAAUGAAGUUUACUCCUGUUUAAGGGUCAGGUUCUACAACUUACUCACACUAAAUAGUACUUAAUGUAAAUACAUAGAACUACCAUGUAAGUAAAGACUGUAGAAUCUUUCCCUUAAUAAAGUGCCUGACAGCAUAUAAGAAUUAUAAAUAUAGUAAUAAUUAUUACAACCAUUUCUUGAAUGCCUUACCAUUUAAAUAGCUUCUAUUACAAAACACCAUUCUAGUUACCACAUACUGUAGGUAUUGUUAACAUUUACCAUGAUAUUUAUUUUACCAGUUGCAUUAAAUGCUUUUCCUUUUAAAUGAGUAUUACAUUAUAACCAAAAAUGUGUAAUUAUUCUCUGCCUUAUAUUUCAAUAGUACUGUAAUAUUAUUGUCUUCCUUUGUGAAAUACGGUAUUUUGUUGUGCUUUGAACACCCUUGCUGAGAAGUCUGCUCUUGGUCUUAAACUACUUUGCUGUACAAUAUUCUAAUAUAAUAAAACAUGCAAAAAUUAAAUAUAAUGUAAAAAUCAUAGCACUUCCAUGAUAGUUUCUGGAGCCUUUCCUGUUACAGAUAGGUAACAUCUAGUAAUAUACAUAUCUUGUGAAUAAUCUAUUACUGCCAGUAAUUGAUUAUAGAUGAGAGUUAUUGAAUGGUGCAAGAGAAAGUUUUAAAAUCUUUAUAACAUAUAUCAAAAGUGCAUAAAAUAUUACAGCAGGCAUGUUCAUGAUUGCACAAAUGUAAUGCUUUUAGGUAAUACUUUUAAAAGAGUAUUUUUAAAUUAAAAUGAGGGUGUAUCUGAAAAUCAUAAAAAUAAGUAUAUAUAUAUCAUAAAAAAGCAUGAAAGCCCCAAUCCUGCAAGCUACUGCAUGUGGGUGGACCCUUCUCCCUUCAUGGAGUUCCAUUGAUUUCAGUGGGCUGCUUGUGCACACAGGUUGAGUAAAUAGUAACUACUGUACAGUGUAUGCAAAUGAGUUCUGUUUAUUCAACAUACCAAUUAGACCUUUAUCUUUCACUGUUCUGUAUUGCAAAUUACUGUGCUUUAUUUCUUUUCUGUACAGUUCAGUUGUUCAGAUAGUAAUAAGAUUAGUAGUCUGAUCAUUUGACUGUUUCUUUUUAAUGGAUAGGAAUUUUACAAAAUAUGGCAGAUGUAUAAAAAAAAAUUAAGUGUCUGAGAAGGCUUGUGUUUCAUUAAUGUACUAAAGCCCUAAAAGGUAAAAGACUUGGUAGCUGCUUGAAAGUGGGGGAGGUCGUGGUACUGCCUGUGCCCAGUGUGGUUUUCUGCAGCAAUCCCCCACCCCACAAUCUCCACCUUUGUUGCUGCAAAGUAUUGUUGUAUUAGGGUCAAGGCAAAAAAAAAAAAAAGAAAAAAGGCGAGGGUGCUGAGUGGAGAGUACUGUGAUUUACAGAGCUGGGUUAGCAGGCUCUGGAAGUGAAUUCAGGAAGGCUCAUAAUUUACUUGUUGAACUUGAGUGUAUCUGUCAGAAAAGCAUCCAGUUUUGAUUUAAAAAUUGCCAGUGAUGGAGUAUCCACCAGGAUCCUUGUUAAAUUGUUCAAAUGGUUAAUUACUGUCUCAGUUAAAACUUUACAUCUUAUUUCUAGUCUGAAUUUGUCUAGUUUCAACUUCCACCCAUUGGAUUUUGUUAAACCUUUGUCUGGUAGAUUAAAGAGCCCUCUAUUAUCAAUUUCUGUUCCCCCACAGGGCCUUAUACACUGUGAUUAAAUGACCCCUUAAUGUUCUCUGUGAUUAAAUUAAAUAGAUGGAACUCGUUUAGAGUGAGGGGACGGACUGUAAGUUCUUGAAAUGUGGGGACUGGUGCUAGUUUGGGAGAUAGGCUUCUGGGUGGUCAAUUUUAGAUCACUGAUCUUUCCAUUACUUGUAACUCUCGUAUAACAAUCAGUAUCCUAGGCCAAUCCAACCACUUCUAAUCCCUAUAUCUAAUCAGUGAGGAAGUUUCAUAUUCCUAAACUCCAAUCUUUGUGGGUUUGUCAAUGAGCCCAAAUGUGUGGCUGCCCAAACCUUGCUUCCAGAUCACCCUGCAAAGCUGAGAUCCUGUGUUUAAAAAACAAAACAAAAGCAAACAAAAAAUGGGGCGGGGGAGAACAGGGGGACAUAAAGGCACACUGGCUAUUCACAAUGGUUUACUUUUUAUUUAUUAUAGAUUUUGAACAUGCAGUAAGUAUGGAUCUCCCAAGCCUCAAUCUGGGCCCUUUCCUGAACCAUGUCCUACUUCUCUUUUGCCUGUUCCAUUUUAUGCUCAUCCCUGAGGUACUACUGCAAAUAUUAUUCUACUCCCUCCCACUCCCCGCAUUCCCCUUGAUUUCAUAUCUCCUGCUUCUUCCUGAAGUCUGGCACAAUCUCCAAAAAUAUCACUGUGAUCAUUACCUGCCACUCUUUCCGUCUCCUUGUACUCAAUGAGACAUGGCUUUCCGCUGAUGACUUCGCUUCUCCUCUCACCCUUCUCCAAACAGAGACAUAGGUGUCCCCAGACUCCAUCUUUCAUCCUGUUGUCUCUUCCAACCCCUGCUUGUUUUGAAGUCCACUACAUCUAGUUCUUCUCUUCCAUGUCCCUCCAAGUGGCCAAUAUCUGUUGCAUCCCUAGCUAAUCCUGGUUUCUCCAUGACUUUGCUAAACUCCCUUCCUUCCUGACUCCUCAAUCUCUACUGUCCUCCUGGGAAAUUUCUAUUUUCAUAUUGAUAACCAGUCUGACUCCACUCUCUGUUACUUCCUUUGUCUAACCACUUUCUUUGAUUUUUAGCUUUGGACAGACUUUCUCACUGUCUCAAUCACUCCUGUGACCUUGUCUUUACUAAAUUCUGUUCUCUUCAUUAUCGCAUUUCUGAAUUCCUUCUCUCUGAUCACCACCUGCUUUCUUUCAGCAUCUCUGUCUUCAUCUCUCCUCUACUCUGUCACUCACCCCUUUUGUGAUCACCGGUCUAUUAACCUUUCUGACAUCUCUACUACUCUCAGCCACCUUCUUCGCUCCUUGACCUCCCUCCUGUCGACUUAGUGAUCUAUUUUCAUCUGUAACUUCUCUUCUACAUGUGGCUACUUAAGUGCUUUCUUGCACCACUCUGUUUGCCCAUUUGCUCCCCAGACUUUCUCUCCCCCACAUUCACUACCUCCAUUCCUGGUUCUUCACUUCUGAGCACCCGUGGAGAAUGUGUCAGGACUUUACCAACUUUGUCCACUGCAAGUUCAUCCAUUCUUCACUUAGAUCUGCCAUAUUCUUUUCUGGGCUCUUUUAUUUCUCCUCCUAUAGAGACUUAUACCGCCAAUGCUCUCCCAUUCUUUUCUAUAUUCAGUUUCUUCCUUAAAUCUUCCACUUUUCCCCUGCAACAAAUACCCUCUAAUCCUUCUCUGUCCAAAAUCUAGUCACCCUCUUCACAAAUAAAUGACAUUACCGGGCAAAAUGUCUUCUCUGCUUUUCCCUUGAAUUCUUUCACCUACUCCUUCACUCCAGUUUUUGAGUCUAAGGCUAUGUCUACACUAUUGUGUUAAGUCACCCUAAGUUACGCUACUCCAGUUACGUGAAUAAUGUAGCUGGAGACGACAUAGCUUAGGUCAACUUACUGUGGUGUCUACACCACGCUGGGUCAAUGGGAUACUCUCUCCCAUCGACUUACCUUACUCCUCUCAUUCCUGGUGGAGUACUGGAGUCAACCAGAGAGGGCUCAGCCAUCGAUUUAGUGGGUCUUCACUAGACCUGUUAAAUUGACCCCCUGAGUGUUGAUCACAGCAGCGUUGAUCCCACGGUAGUGUAGACAUGGCCUGAGGCAGCUCUUCUACUAACCUAUCAAUCUGCUCUAUUUACCUCAUAUCUUCACUUAGGUAAUUGUCAUUUGUCCCCCCCCACCCUUCAUUUAUCUUUCCCUUACCUUUUGCCCUCUCUCAUAUGAUUCAUUUUCCUUCACAUACAAACAUUUCCCCUAUUUUGGGGAAUAUUUUUCCCCAUAAUUCCACUUGAUUCUCUAUCUUCUCUUCCACUUCUUUCUCUCAUCCACUUUUUUUUUUUGACAUUUCAUAUUUGUCUCUAGCUUUCCCCCCUCUGUUCAUCCAUUUUCAUGAUUUUUGACUUAACAUUUUAAUGUGGGAGCCCCAAAAACUACCACUCUCCCCUGAUCUCUUUCCAGUUCUGCAUCUCAAGCAGACUCUGUGACAGCACUAGGAUGUCCAGCCACCAUCUCAAACUUAUUCAUUCCAAAAUUUAAUUUCUUUCCUCCUAACCCUGUCAACAUUUUCUGUCUCCAUGGGCCACAACCUUGGUAUCAUCUUUGAUUCUUCUCUUGUCCCACUGCCCAAUAGUCUAUCACCUUGUCCCCUUCAGUAACAUCACACUCCACUCUCCCCUCACUAUCCAGGCUUGAAGACCCUGUCCAGGCCUUAUUGUAACAUCUUUAUAUGUGAUUUGGUUCCUUUCUCCUACUUCCAAUGUAUCCCAAAUGCCAUAGCUGAAAUACAGUCCUGGAACCUUAACGUUUAUCUAACUCUGAAGGGGGAAUUCCAUUGGGUUCCUGUAAAAACCUCCCUUUCUGCAGAAUUGGUGGCAUUUUAAGAGUACAAGGCUAUAACUCCCCAAAUCCUCCUUGCAUCUUUUUGUUUUACUGUUCUAUCUACUUCAAAUUCAGGCUUUUUGUUCUACGUAGCCUUACCCUAUGUAGCCUUAUGAUUUUGUUCCACCUUAUUUUCUCCUGCACACCCUCUUGCUUGCUAUGUUCUUCUAGUCUUAGGGUCUUGAUUUCAGUGGGACUACUCGUGCUUAAAAUGAGAAUGUGCUUCUGUGCUUUGUUCGAUCAAUGCAAAAUGUUCAGCAUCUUGCAGGAUGGACUCGUUAGUGCUUCAAUUUUCUUUCUUCCAUUCUUAUCCCUGCUCCUUCUAUUAUGCAGUUUCCUGUGCCUAGAAUAGUUUCCCCAAUGAUCUCUUUCCUUCAAGUUCCUUUUUAAAGCCCACCCUUUCCACUCCUGUUUCCUUGAGUAUUCACUACCCUCUUACUUACCUGAACUGUUGUUCCUUCUUUUCUCUUGUGUUUAUCAUGUCUAACUUAGAGUGAAAGCUCUUCAGGGCAGAGAGCGUAAAACACUCUGUAAACUUAUGGUGCUGUAUGUCACUUCUAAUAAUUAUAAUAUCUGUCUUUUGGAAUUCAAGAGUAGUCACAUCUUUUCCUGCAUUCUGCAGUGCCUGAGAGCAACAGGCACAGAAUGUGUUAUUGCUCUUCACCAAAACCGAGAGGUUGUUUUUUGAGAGCAUAAUAUGGAGCUGAGUUUCAGAUUUUGUUUAUUUCAGUAUGUGUAUAUACAAUGAAUAAAUUACCCCCUUCCCUCAGUAGUAUCCAUUUGUACCAGAAGAUUUUCUUACAGUGGAUCAGUUAACUAUUAGACCAAAGAAUGUUUUCAUAUAUAUAUACCUUCAGUUUUUUACUUGUCUGCUAUGAAGAAGAGUUUUAUAAGAUUACCUGCCAAUUCUGAAUUCAUUUUUCUAAAACUGGUUUGUAAUGUCUAUAGGCCUAUUAACAAUCCUAUUUCACAUCAGGAAAUGAAAGGGUAAGGCAAAUUCUGUCUGCCACUUUGGAGGCAUAAAGGGGCCUCAGACAGAACAGAAACAGCCCCCAGAUAAUGGCCCAAGUACAGUGGCAUGAGUGUCCCUGCAGCAUUCUCUCUCACACACACCCCGCAACACACCGUGUAGGGCAGCUGUUCCUAAACUUUUUGCUGGCACAACCCCAUUUUUAUGAAUUGCUUCCUUCCAGGACCCCAGAUAGCAUCAAGGAUGCUAUUUUGAAGACCAAAAUGGCAUUCUCACAGCGUGACCUCAUGUCACUGUAUGGAGGAUGCGACUUUGUAGGGAAAAAUGGUGUCCGCUGCACAGCAUGACUUACAUGCACAGUAUGUGUGAGGCCACACCACGUGGAGCAUGCCAUUUUGCUCUACAAAAUGUUGUCCUCCACACAGUCAUGCUGCUAAAAUGCACGCUAGGGUUGCUGCGACCCCAUCUACUGAUGCAUGAUCCCAUUUAGGGUUGCAACCCACAGUUUGGGAACCACUGGUGUAGGGGCAUCCCAGGGAUGUGAGAGGUGGUUGCCAGAGCACAGUGAUGAUCUGGCCAGGGUCUUCUGCGCUGCACAGAAGCACACCAUACCGACGCACACCGUUGAGCACACCACAGAACCUGUUCCUCAGCAUUUUUAGAGCUACUAGCAAAGCCCAAAAUUAGUUGAAUCUUGAGGUUAUUGUGUUAAAUGCUUUUCCUACUUGUGUUGUGGCAAGACACCAUUGGGAUCUAAUCUCAAUUUAAUUAUUGGCUGAUUAAAAUGAUGAUAUAAGGUCUUGGUAUAGCUAAUCUAUCAAAAAUCAGUGAUUUUUUUUGCAGGUGGGAAUUCUAAAACAAUGGAAAAAAUCCCUGUGUGCCUGAAAUAUACUGUAUGGACACUCUUCUGCACAUGUUUUCAUUGAUCAUCUAACAUUGCAGUUAUACUUUUGUUCCAUUGGAACUACAAGUAGCAUAAAAAUGAUAUUAGCAACAGGACUGCAUUUCCCUGUUUUAGGGAGGUUGGUUUUUGUUUUGUUGCUGCUUAUUUUUGACUUCUGAUUUGUUUAUAUGUUGCUAAUAUUGUAAUAAGAUGUGAGACAAGCACCAAUAUUAAUGAAGUGUCCCAGAUAUUUUAUUAUUUUCUGAAACAAUUGUUUGUCGAACCUAAUGGUAAACUGUAUGAGUGCUCACAUAGGGCUACUGUAUACCGUAUGACAUGUGUAGUGUGUUCAUUUACCACCUGAGUGUAAAAUUAAAUGUUACCAAUAAAUUUACCGAAAAGGUAAAAAUGACAGUC